UUCAGGAAGCAGCAGCCAUCGUCAUGGACACUGAAGGAUCAAAGAGUUUGAAUGUUGACCUGGAGAAACUGUUCACCAAGCAAGAGAGGAUUGGGAAGGGGUCGUUUGGAGAGGUCUUUAAAGGCAUUGACAAUCACACGCAACAGAAGGUCGCUAUAAAGAUUAUUGACCUGGAGGAGGCUGAAGAUGAAGUGGAAGACAUCCAACAGGAGAUCACAGUCCUCAGCCAGUGUGACAGCCCCUUCAUCACUAAAUACUAUGGCUCUUACCUGAAGGACACACAACUGUGGAUCAUCAUGGAAUAUUUAGCAGGGGGGUCUGCUCUGGAUUUGCUGGGACCUGGAGCUCUUGAUGAGUCCCAUAUCGCCACCAUCCUCAGAGAGAUCCUGAAAGGUCUGGAUUACCUGCACUCCAAAAAGAAAAUUCACAGAGAUAUUAAAGCCGCUAACGUCCUGUUGUCAGAGCAGGGUGAUGUGAAGCUAGCGGAUUUUGGUGUGGCCGGGCAGCUCACAGACACACAGAUCAAGAGGAACACGUUUGUGGGCACUCCAUUCUGGAUGGCACCAGAGGUCAUUAGACAGGCAGAUUAUGACUCAAAGGCAGAUAUCUGGUCAGUGGGCAUUACUGCCAUCGAGCUAGCAAAAGGAGAGCCACCCCACUCUGAUCUUCACCCCAUGAAGGUGUUAUUUCUCAUCCCUAAGGAAAACUCACCCACACUGGAGGGAAACUACAACAAAGCUCUCAAAGAAUUUGUAGAUGCCUGUCUCAAUAAAGACCCCAACUAUAGGCCAACAGCUAAAGAGCUUUUGAAACACAAAUUUAUAAUUCGAUAUGCCAAGAAGCCAUCAUUCCUGGUGGAUCUUAUCGACAAGUACAAGAGAUGGAAAGAAAAACAGGCCCGCAAUGAGUCAAGCUCUGAUUCUGAAUCAGAUGAUGGUGAAGCAUCUGGAGAGUCUGUGUCUGAUGACUGGAUCUUUGGCACUGUCAUAGGACAAGAGCCCACAGUGAAUCAGAAUGAAGUCGUAAUAAAAGAAGAACCACACAAAGAGGUGCCAGAGAGUACAAAGAAGCCUCCGCCCAAGAGCAAAGAGUCUAUGUCCUCUAUUAUUUUACCAUUGUUUGCAGAGCUGAAGCAGAAGCAAGGUGUUUAUAAGCCGGCGGUGUUAGAGGAGCUGAAGCAGGCCAUGCUCCUGGCUGAAGAGACAUGUCCCGAAAUCACUGACUCAAUGGUCACAGGGGUGGUACAGAGAUUAAAGAGGUAUUUACAGCACCCUGCCUGCAGUGCCCAAUACGUGUGAGUUGGUGAGAGUCUGAUGUGUGUUUUCUGCCUCACAGGUUUUCAUCUCAACACUGACUGACUCUCGGUGCCUCUCCAUGAAGACUCUUUCUUCUGUGGGUGUCUGUAUUAUCUAUUUUGUGCUUUGUGUGUUUUAAUAUGGUGGAAUUGUGAAUAAGCCAUUUACAAUCCCAGUUACUUGGUGUCUGUACAUAAGUGUAGAAAAUGUGGAUUGGAUUUGUUUAAGGACCCCAUGGAAUCAUUAGAUAUUUUGUUUUCCUCAAUAAUUCUUGUGAGAGAAAGAUUGGAAACGUAAAAAUAAUAAUAAUAAUAAUAAUUGGUCAGCUCAGCCUUUAAAUGCAUCAAAGCUCAGCUAUCUCAAGGGGUCUGUGUAUAUCAAAACUUUUUUUUUUUUAAACAGAGCUGUAAUUUGUGUAAUAAUAAAAUCACUAUUGUGAUUUACAGUAUGGACACAAUUGUCCUUUUGCUAGCAUUGCUCUUGAAGAUGUUUGAAAAAAAAAAAAAGACUGUAAUAUUAAAAUCACUUAUCACUUUUUUUUGCCCUUUAACAUAUUUGUAAUUCUUUAAUGGUGAUUUAUUUUAUACCAUAUCUGUACAAGUUUUAUGCCUACUAAUUCUAUUCUAUGCUGUGGCUAGUCUCAGCUUAGUUCUUUUUUUUUUAUCUUUAUUGUAGCACCAUGCUAACAUGCUCAUGAAGAUUAAUUUAGGAAGAGAGCCACGGUUUUCAUUUGUAUGGUCAGUUUUUUCCUAUAGGAACAUUUAACUCAUUUAUGAUUAUUAGAGUACAGCAAACUAAUUGAAUUUUAAAGCUGAAGUAUAAUAUUUAAAACAUUAGCAAUUAGAAUAGCAUAAUAACAAAAAUAUAGGUUUGGCAAAUCUCCUUAAUAGUUGAUUCUGUACAAAGCAGAACAGGAUAUAUAUAUAAUGCAAUGUGUACUAUAUUAAGCUUACUGAGACUUGUUAUAGCACUUGCAUAUCAUUGUCUUCAUUUAUAAAACACUUUGGAUAAAACUGUCUGCUAAAUGAAUAAAUGUAAAAAAUACACUUGAGCUUUGAAUGAUCUCAUUCUGUGUAAAAUCCUUUAUAUAAUUCAUUUAGCUGUAAACCAUUUUUGUUGUCCUUCGUGUAUCUGCAAUGAUUCACUUUUACAGCCCGCCUGAUUGCACCUGGAUGAUAACAGCAUUUUAAUAUGUUAUAUAACAAGAGCCCAUGGGAUUGCAGGACUAUAAAUCUGUGCUAAAGUUCAAUCCAGACUAAUGUCCAACUCUUGAGUGUUCACUGCCAUCAUCACCCUUUCCAGACACAACUGUAACGAUCUAACAAAUUCACACCAUUUUAAUUCUUACAUCCAAAAACAAGAUCAAAAUCUGUCACUCUAUAUACAGAUAUUACAUACAAUUUUAUACACAUAUUACAUACUUUUUUUACACAAGAAAAAUAUACAUAAAAAUGUAAACUUUUGUAUACAAAAAAAUACCUUAGACAAAUUAAUGACCAAUAACAAAAGGUGACUAGAUUUAUCCUAUGAGUUGUAAAAACAGUUCUACAGUACAUUCAGUGAGUACAGGAAUCAGUCAGCCAUCUAAACGCAGAGUGCAAGCGACUUUUGUCUGGGGGUGUCUCUGUGCAGCAGACCUGCUGUCAUUCACACAGUAGUAACACAGUAAAAACUUGGACUGCACACAACAUUUCAGCUCAUU